GGCCUAGCGCCCCUCUGCUGACCAGUGGUUGGAGGCCGCGACGGCUGCGCAUUGAGUAGCUUCCUGCCAUACGACCUGAGGUUUCUUUGCAGUUGCGGGACAAGCGCUUCGGUUGCUGGUAGUGAGUAGCAGUCACCGCGUGAGGGGAACUGAUCUUCGAUUCACGUCAUUUUAGCAAAUUAUCAAACUUGAAGAAGGGUCCUGGGAAUCCCUAGUAUGUAGCCAAAUCAGAAGCAUGGAUAACCUUGGAACCCAUUACUUGUGAUUGUCUUCUGAAGUGAGGAGCAGUCUUACAGAACAAAGCUAUUAACUGGUGGGAUCUGAAGAGUUCAGGGACAAUGCUGAAUGGGAUACCAAAGCUUUUCUCCAGGGGCCAGAGGUUGGAUCCUAGAUGUUUUUUGCACACUGGGACCCAGGCACCCCGAAUCGCUGCUGCUCACCUAGAAAACCAGGUUCCAAUUGAGAGUCCCAGAGCCAUUUUCCGCACUAAUGAAAGUGACCCAGCCAAGCAUGGGGAGCAGCAAGAGGGCCAGCACUACACCAUCCCCCUCCAGGAUUUGAAGACUGUAUUUCCCCAUGGCCUGCCUCCUCGAUUUGUAAUGCAGGUGAAAACAUUUGGUGAAGCUUGCCURAUGAUACGAAAGCCAGCCCUAGAGCUUCUGCAUUAUCUGAAAAACACCAAUUUUGCUCAUCCAGCUGUGCGGUAUCUUUUCUAUGGGGAGAAGGGAACAGGCAAAACCCUCAGUCUUUGUCAUGUUAUUCAUUUCUGUGCCAAGCAUGAUUGGUUGAUACUGCAUAUUCCAGAUGCUCAUCUUUGGGUGAAAAAUUGUCGGGAUCUUCUGCAGUCUACCUACAAUAAACAGCGCUUUGAUCAACCUUUAGAGGCUUCAACCUGGCUGAAGAAUUUCAAAACUGCAAACGAACGCUUCCUGAGCCAGAUAAAAGUUCAAGAGAAAUAUGUCUGGAAUAAGAGAGAAAUCACUGAGAAAGGCAGUCCUCUGGGAGAAGUGAUUGAACAGGGUCUGACCCGUGUGAGAAACGCCACAGACGCAGUUGGGAUCGUGAUGAAGGAGCUAAAGAUGCAAAGUUCUUUGGGAAUGUUUCGUCUCCUGGUGGCAGUGGAUGGAAUCAAUGCCCUUUGGGGAAGGACCACAUUAAAAAGAGAAGAUAAAACCCCAAUUGCUCCAGACGAACUAGCACUUAUUCACAACCUGAGGAAAAUKAUGAAAAAUGACUGGCACGGAGGUGCCAUUGUGUUGACUUUAAGCCAGACUGGAUCUCUCUUUAAGCCCCAGAAAGCAUACCUGCCGCAUGAGUUGCUGGGAAAGGAAGGAUUUGAUGCCCUGGAUCCCUUUCUUCCCAUUUUGGUUUCCAGUUAUAACCCAAAGGAAUUUGAAAGUUGUAUUCAGUAUUAUUUAGAGAAUAAUUGGCUACAACAUGAAAAAGCUCCUACAGAAGAAGGGAAGAAGGAGCUGCUAUUUCUAAGUAAUGCCAACCCUGGGCAGCUGGAACGUCUCUGUGCCUACCUGUGAGCCAUGGUCAUUAUGUGGAUGGAAGACAAUGGACAUUUCCUUAAUGCUGCACCCAGUCCC